UAUCCAUUUUCUUGAUGUACGCUCGUAACCUCUGAUUGGCUGAGAGGCAAGCGUCGAAGAACGAGUAUAAUUUUGCAGGCGAGCUUCAGAGCCGACGGUCAAGUAGGUGAAGCCGGAGCUGCAAUCACUGGGAAGAGUAGGGUUCCGAUUUCACUGUGUUGAUCGCGGAAAUGGGCCAAUCUGAGCUUUGCUUGAUCGCGAAAGCGUUCGCAUUCCUGCUACUUGUACCUGGAAUCCUCGGCUGGGGAAAAGAAGGUCACUACCUAAUUUGCAAGAUAGCGGAGGGAUAUUUCACUGAAGAUACUCUAUCCAUGGUCAAAGAAUUGCUUCCAGCUUCUGCUGAGGGAGAUCUUGCGGCUGUAUGCUCCUGGCCUGAUGAAAUUCGAUGGAAGGCUCAUUAUCGCUGGAGUAGCGCCUUACACUACGUCGACACGCCUGAUUUCUUUUGUAAUUAUAAUUACUCGAGAGACUGUCAUGAUACUCAUGGACAUAAGGGUAGAUGUGUGACUGCAGCAAUUUACAACUAUACUAGGCAACUUGAAUCAGCUUACAAAGAGAUGACUUCAGAAAUUAGAUAUAACUUAACAGAGGCUCUUAUGUUCUUGUCCCAUUUUAUCGGAGAUGUCCAUCAGCCCCUGCAUGUCGGUUUUGUUGGAGAUCUAGGAGGUAACUCAAUAACAGUCCGUUGGUACCGUAGAAAGACUAAUCUCCAUCAUGUAUGGGAUAACAUGAUCAUUGAGUCUGCCUUGAAGACAUUCUACCAUUCAAACCUUACACUAAUGAUUCAAGCCAUCCAAACCAACAUUUCGGGUGAAUGGUAUAAUGAUGUCUCAGCUUGGAGAAAUUGCGCACUGAACCAUACAGCCUGUCCUAACCCGUAUGCUUCUGAAAGUAUUAGCUUGGCAUGUAAAUAUGCAUACAAGAACGCCACUCCAGGAAGCACACUAGAAGACAGUUAUUUUCUCAGCCGGCUGCCAAUCGUUGAGAAAAGGUUAGCACAAAGUGGCAUAAGAUUAGCUUCUACCCUCAACCGUAUCUUUGCUUCUGAAGUAAAAGUGGCUGAAAUUUGAAGGAUCCAUUUCUAUAAGUCAUUAAAAUGGUUGAGAACAUGAAUUGAUUAGUGUUCCAUUCUUGUGUCUUUGUAUAUUAUACUAUUAACUAGGACAGUCGUCACUGUAAACGACAUGAUAUUGAGGAAUAAUAUGAUUGUUGAUUUACUGCUUU